AAAUACAAAAUUCAUAAGACCGGGGAAGCAAGAGAGGGAGAGGGGCUAGGGUUUCAAAAAAUCUCUGUGUUCGUUUCGUUGCCACGACUUUUAUUUUCUUUUUCCUUCCCUCCAAACACGAUUUUUUCCUUUUUCUUCACGGAGAGAGAGAGAGAGAGUUUUCUGUGGUGUUGGGUUUGGUGGAAUAUUUGGAGCAAAGGAGAAGAAAUUAGCUUCGAAUCGAGUUUGGAUUCAUUUCUGCUCCUCAUUUCGUUGAGAAAAACGUUCUUUCCUUGGGGAGGUCCUUCGUCGGAUUAAAUUUCCUAGCAUUUCUUGAUUGUCAGAGGACUUUGGCUUCAGCCGGAUUCUUUUCCCGGGAAAGUCACUGCCCCCAAAUCCAGCUCCGCUUAAAUUUCAGGGUUGUUUCUUUCUCCCAUGAUUUGAUUGCUAGAGGAACAGUUGGCAUUACUGUGGGUUUGUGGUUUCGAAAUCGAUCUCCGGAUCUAGAUUCCGGAGAAAGGUCAGGUGAAUGAGGAUACGCUUGGUUUGUGAUAUACUUUUGGACGAUUGGUGAUGUCCGUGUGAUGCAAUCUGGAAUUGGGAAUUGGGAAUUCGAUACAAUAAAUAUAACAUGGAUAUUGGAACGGUUUCUUCUCCCGGAGAUGUGAUCAAGUGUUGUGAUUGUGAAUGCAAUUGUAAUCUAAACAAUGGUUUCCCGGGUUCCUGGAUUCGAUCUGUGAAGCGGAAGUACGACGAGUUGGAGAGUGAGAACCGUUUCCAUGUGCCGGGGCUGGACCUGGACUUGUUUUCUAAUGCCAGGGUCCAGAUAGAGAAUGAAUGUGAGUUGUUACGGGAGACUGUUAGCAGUCAACAGCAAGCAAUUCAGGAUUUGUACACCGAACUUGAGGAAGAGAGGAAUGCUGCAUCGACAGCUGCAAAUGAGGCGAUGUCAAUGAUAUUGAGGUUGCAGAGGGAAAAGGCUGAAAUCCAAAUGGAAGCUAGGCAGUUUAAGCGUUUUACCGAGGAGAAAAUGGAACAUGACCAGCAAGAGCUUUUGGCUUUGGAAGAUUUGGUCUAUAACAGGGAGCAGACGAUUCAGGCUUUGCAAUGUGAGGUCCAGGCUUAUAAGCAUAGGAUGAUGAGUUUUGGGCUCUCGGAAGCAGAGGCUGACGGUGAGAAGAACUUGUUAAGCAGCAACUCGAGUAUGGUUGAUAUUGACACCCAGUAUGAACUCCGCACAUACGAGUAUCCUCCUCUAAAGUGCAAUUUAAAUGAGAACGCAGGUCCUUUGGAUGAUGAUACUGAUAUUGCAGAUGUUGAGUACUACCCACUGGCCGAGUCACCUUGGGGAGGAGAACAUCUGAACAGUUUGGAACGUAGGAUCAGCCAGAUUGAGAGAAAUCCUAGCUUCACCCAGUUGAAUGGCGGUUCAUCAUCAGGAGGGAGGGGUGUUAUAGAAAAAGUGGUGGUUGGUCAGGCUCCUCGGCAUCCCAGACAUUUCAAGAGAAUUUCGGUUGAUAAUUCAAGUUCACCCCUGGGAACUACAGGGGAACUAAGACCAGAUCUUUUCUUUGAUUCUCCGAGGUCUGACAAUGAUAGCUUCAAGAAAGUGCAGGAUGUCUCAUACACGGAAGAUAACACCGUUGCAAAGGGUAACGACGACUCAUCUGAAAUAGUAGAUGACAUGAAUGAUAGAAUUUAUACCAUUGAUUCUGUCCAUAAUGGUGUGUCUCACGGCGAGGCUGGUAUCGAGAGGAAUUCUCCCAGAGGACAGGUGAAUCAGCAUGAUCUCGGUGAUCCUGAUAUCAAGAAGCUCUACAUGAGGCUUCAAGCGCUGGAGGCUGACAGGGAAUCCAUGAGACAGGCGAUUAUGUCUAUGAGGACUGAGAAAGCACAAUUGGUCUUACUGAAAGAAAUCGCCCAACAUUUGUCGAAGGAAGUUGUCCCGGAACGGAGGAUGCCUGUCUGGAAACCCUCUGCCGUCGGGGUUUUCUCUUUCAUGUCUAUCUUCGAAUGGAUCGUGUCUUUGGUUUUCUGGAAGAAGAAGGCUCGCCGAAGCAAGUACAUGUAUGGAAUGUCAUCAAGCAACAAUGGCCUUCUAAUGCUAUUAGACAAAGGCCCUCGAACAAGGCAAUGGAGAUGCCUUACGAGUACACAAGUCUGAAACUGAAACAAACCCAUCAUUCCUCUUUCCCGUGUAAACCUCCGGGGAUCGAAGCACAUAAAUGUGAAUACCUGAUGAACAUCGGUUUGCAAAGCGUUUUCUCGGGUAAAUUCUCAUUCUUCGAUCUGGUUUCCUCUAUGGUGCGGUGAUUUGUCUUGUUAUGUGCAGUGGUUCUGCAUCUUCUUCAUCUCAUCUUCUUCUUCAUUCGAUGCGUGUUCUCUAGAUGGAAACUGUGUCUGUGUGUGUAUGAUCCUUUUCGUGUUGUGGGAGUGAUGGUAUAAGUCUUGAAGAAGAGGAAAGGAAGCUAUACGAGCUUUGUAUAGAUUCCUAAUGGCACGUAUUUGAUUCUCUAAGAUGUGUAUAUAUUAUAUUUUUUUCAGAUUCUUUGUUUCUAUUUUAUUUUCCUUUAUUA